GUAGGUGAAUUUCAUUUCAUGUCUAUAAGGUUCGUUAUAUGGUUUAGAUGGGUUAGAUUAGAGGCUUGGUGAAACGCUGCCUUUGACACUCAUAUACAAACUUCGGUGAGUCCGAUGUAAGGUAGAACGCCAGUGUAAGACACACGGUCCUCCGGAUUGGUCAGCCGUGCAUGGUACCAUGAUACACAUUCACGAUGUUAUCAAUCAUAGAAUCAGUAAACUGAUCGAAUAUAGCCUGGCGCUUAUUGUGUCGCAGGAACCAGACGGGAAUGAUUCCCUUGACUGCUCUCUGGACCGUCCGGGUCAUACUUGUAUUGAUACUGUCGCCUACCACACUCUCACCACAAAUCCUGUUUGCCUUGACAAAGAAGCACGCAGAAUAUUCCAUGACUUAAUGAAUGUGGGUGGCUACGAUGUCCGCCAGCUUACCGGAAUCAUGCUCGACGCAAGCAACGUCAUCUGCCCGUCCCUUCAGCUUGACCGUCUUUUCGAAUACUCAAGUCCGUGCGACGUAUUGCUGCUGCCGUCUAACCGUCAUAGACUAGGAGAUUUUCUGCAAACGCUCCACCGUGCGAGGCAUCCGCAUCCCUUUCUUAACAUUCGAAGAUCCCAUUUAGUCUUCGCUCACAGACUUUGGACAAGAAAAUGCAGUGGCAGACCUCUCCUGUCUGCACUGACUAGGCAGCGUUCAAUCAAGUUCACAGGGCCAGAUCUAACUUGCAGAGAGCGAGCAACCGGUAGAUUAACACGAGAACCUUGGAUACCCCCUUGCUGUACGACGUCUGAUGCAGCCUCAUGCCUGACUGAUGUACUGCUCAACGUACGAACAAGUUAUGGACUGCGAGUUGUAAGUAGACAGGUCAGCAUGGUGAUACCUUCAGAAACACCCGUGCCUACCUUACUGACAUCCAUGGCACAAACCAUUCGAGUAAUCCUAAUUUAUGAUGGCAUAUCUACAUGAGUCUGCAUGACUCAAUAACUCUAUUGGCGUCGAUCAGAUCGACGGGACUACUC